AUGGCACUCUUUAGUUUGCAGGAUGAGUCAACGAAAAGGGACAGGUUUGAAAGGGUUACCCUUGAUUUGAGUAUGUGGGUUCUAAAUGAUAUCGAGAAACAGGAAUGGUCGGAGCAUGACUACACUUUGCAGGAUGAUUGUUUCUUCCGUUACCGCAGUGUCUCUGUAGUUGGAGGGACUGCUAAUGGUGAAAUUGUUUUGUUGUCUCGUUGGCAUUCGUUUGGAGACUUUUCUGUUCUCUUCUUCAAUCCAGAAAGGAACACUCUCCAACGUGUUAGAUUCCGAGGUAAACAUGAAGCUUUGUUAAGCGGUCGUUCAAAUAGAGUUUACGCCUUUGUUAACCAUGAAGAAGAUCUUGAGUUUAAUAUAGGGAAGACAACAUAUGCGGCAACAUCAUCUAAUCCUCAACUUCGUGGUAGGUUUUAG